AUGGCCGCUGUCGCUUUCGCGGUUUCUGUUGAGAAGCGCAGCCCCUUGGACGCCGCAGCUAAGGAGCGGCGCUCACGCAGAAAAGGCUCAGCAGGUUCCCCCCUUGGGCUUCGCCUUCCUCCCGCGAACGCAGCAGCAGCAGCAGCACCUCAAGGCGGAGGCUUUGCGACUGCUGCGGCAGCAUCUGCAGGGGAGGCUGCUGCCUCACCCCCCCUCGGCGCUCCAGCCGAACUGGCACCCGUGGCUGCUUCGCCAGUCAGCAGCGUCGAGGCUGUCAGCCCUUUCGCAGGCGUAGGGGCAGCGGCAGCGACGGCGGAGGCCAUACGCUUGGCUUAUAGAAAGAGCGACUGGUGCGCACUCACCGCUGUCACAGAGAAGCUCCUUCGCGAGGCGCAGCAGCAGCAACACGAGGGGCAGCCGCAUCUUGUGGAGGACAAAGCGAGACUGCUAACCCCCGCACUGCUGCUGCUUUCUCUGCUACAACCACCGCAACGAGAUGGCCGUGUUCAACGUCUGCUGGCGGCAGUCAAGGAGAUCGUGCAGCAACAACCCCAUACACGACACCCUCUACCAUUAUCGCCUGGAGAAGCCGCGACGCUCCUUGCGGCGCUUGGCAACUUACGUGCCCCCUUUGAUGGCGAGGCCUCUGCAGCACUGGCGUGCAUCCUUGUGGCUACAGCAAGAGAGCAACGGCUGCUUCAAGAUGGUGGAAAAGCACCUGCAGAGACAUCCCAAACUUGGGUGGAUGCAGCUUUUCCCCUGCUGCGUCGCCUGCUCAAAGGGCGUGGCCUCUCCCCAGAACAAGCGUGCUCCGUGUUACAGGCGGCGGCAUACCAUGCGUUUUUCCCCCAGCGCCUCGCGCUGCUGCUGCCACAUACCUUCCCGGCAGCGCCCUGGUCACUUGCAAGCAAAGCAACAACAAUUCCGCCAGGAAUAGCAGCAGGGGCCAGCAGAGGGCCAUGUUCUCCUGCUCCCCUCUACAUCGAGGCGCUGUCUGCAUGCGCGGAGGCUUCGGAUACGCCGGAAGCCUUGGGACUGGCCGCUACUGUUACAGAGGCCAUCAACCGCAUCACUGUAGCACUUCAGAGCAGCAGGAACGGCGAGGAGGUGCUCUCAGUAGAAGCCAUCCUUCGGCUGACCGAGGCUUUGGUGCUGCGUGACUUCUCCUUUACCUCUCAAUUGACGACCCUCGCAGCCCACCCGCAAAGCGCGCAUGAAGAACAAGUUCAGCAGACGCAGCAGCUCUGGCAGGCGUACAAGAAGGACUUGGACGAACUCCUGGAAUUGUUGCUGGACUCCUUCCUGCGGCAGCGGCAGCAGUGGGGGCCCUAUACAGUGCAGGAGCUGCUGCUCUUCUUGCUAGGAAUUCUGCGUCUCUUUGGGCUAGGCAACCUAGAGCGACUAUCCCUUACUGCCAUGCUGAGCAGCAGCACACACCAGCAGCCGCAAUGGCAGCACUUAUCGGAGUGCGAAACGGUGGAAUUACUUACUGGAAAGGCGCACUCAAGGCUUAGGGAGUUGUGGCUGAACCUUGCGAAAGCCAGCAGCAUUAACAGCACAACGGAUGCCGCGCUCUUACUGCGCGCUCUCUCCCUGCUGUGCAGCAGCGGCACGACCUUAAACCUGGCAUCCUGUGAUGUUACUCCCUGUGGUGCACUCGCAGCGGCUGCAGCAGCUGCCGCUCCGCCAACCUCUUUUGGGGAGGAUCUCGAGCGAUGGGGGCAGCAGCUGCUGCUUCAAUGGCAGCUUGUGGAGGCGGCAGACUUUGUACCGCGUCCUGCAGCUGCGUUGCAGCAGCAGCAGCUCGCCGAGGUGGAUGUACACCUGAAGCAGCAAAAGCAGCGUGCAGCACAGCUUCAGGCAAAGACAGCAGCUCAGAUUCUCCAGCCGAGUACAGGCUCUACGAAUCUGGUUCCUGGCACGGACGCAGCACCUGCCGUACCAAACCCAUCCGCAGUGAAAUCAACAUCCAGGACUGCAACACCUCUGGUGCAGCCUGCGGCAGAAGCAGGCCCUAGCGUCCCUCUGCUGCUCAAAGCUGCAACAGAAUCGAUCUUUCACUCCUCAGCAACCGUCUCUCCGCCCGCUGCCCUGCUGCUGCUGAGGAGUUUUGUCGCACUGAAUAGCUGUGGAGACUUCCUGGCUCCCUCGGAGGCAGGAGCAGCAGGCUUAGCGGCAAUGGCAUUUCGCUCUGCUGCCCUCCUCCAACUGUAUAGAAGCUUACAGAGGCAGUACCUCGCUCUGAUGCAACAUCGGCAGAAGCAGCUGAGCCGGGAGCAACCGCGUCAGUUAGAGCGCGACCAGCAGCCCGAACGAGACUCACAGCAGCACGGCAGCCAGCGGCAACACGAAGAGACGCAGUCUCGAUUGCGGCAGCUGCGCCAGUCUUUGCGCUUCGUUCAACAGCAGCAACUGCGCCUCUUGGAUAUGCUGUGUCGACAUGACCGCCAACAUACGCAUGCACGGGAAACCGCUGCAGGACUUAUUCCGCUAGCCGCUGCGUCUCUCCUGCGUCCAGCGCACCUCAAGCUGGUCACGCCAUCCCUUCUAGAAGACCUGCAUGCCUACCUUCAGCAGCCUGAGCGGCAGCAGGAUGCAGCCGCAGCAGUUGUCUCGUUAUUGACGCUGAAAUGCCUCCUCCCACCUGGCGCGUUCCCGGAGGAACUACUGCUCCAGCUGUUGCAAGUUGCAAAGGCCACUGUAGAGGCACUGCAGCCGCGUGCACUCGCCGUGUGCUUGUACAGCUUGCAGCCGCAGGAGCGACACAGCCAACAAGUAUCCCUCUUGCAACAAGACCUGAGAGGGUGUUUACUGCAUCGUGCGACCUUGCUGCUGCCAUUUUUUCCUCCAGAAGAGCUCCUUCUGCUUGUCGCUGCGCUUGUUGGUAUCUCCCAGAACCCGCUCUUGCAGCGAGCGUUCGGGUGUAUGUACACGGCGAUUCCGUUUUAUACGCCGCAGCAGCUGGCCACACCGCUGUGCGGACUCGCAAAAGCCCUUGCAGCCAACCCCGAUAUUUGUCUUGGGGCCCCCUUGGCUUUGCCACCUGACGGCGAAGUGGCGGGUGAACAGGAGCUCGCAGAUAGGGGGGGAAAAGCAGCGGCUUCGUCCCUCAAAGCGUCCGAAGACACGGCGGCAGCUCCACACGAGCUCCUCUGCUGCGCCUCCUCAUUGCCAGUUACCAUCGCGCAUCAGCAGCGCCUGAGCCAAGUUCUUUUGGAGCAUGUCAAGGAGCGGCAAGUUCGGCAGUCACGACAGCAAAAACGGCAAAACGUGGUAUCACGAACUGCACAGAAAAUGCAGUGCCCGCGUCGCGUCCGUCUGCUACAGCUGCUGGAGCCGCCGGCGCUGCUGCAGCUUCUCGUGCUUCAGCUGGAGCGGCAGCAGCACAGCCACUGCAUGCAGCAAUUGGACUUGGCCCUAAUCAGAGCUGCAUGCAAGGCACUGAGACCCCAUCUUCAGGAGCUGGGAAGCAAAGAUCUGCUAGAACUGGUUGCUGCGCUGCACAAGGCCCAGCUGUCAGGCCCCCCGAAGGAGAAGAGUGCAACAGCUGUUCACCUUGAGGUUGAUUCUGUCAGUGCUCUGCUUUUUCCUCUACUGACUGUUGCUUCUGUAGAUGUGCCAGCGCGUGCUGCUACUACUGCUUUUGGUUCCUCUCGUGCAGAAUACAGCGGCUCCAAAAGCAAAUUCAUACCCAGCCGGUUUUUCUGGAAGAUUGGGAGUCUUUUGAAGAAGGAUAUCGGGUCCUACAGUAUUCCAAUGCAUGUGUUGGCUCAGCAUGCCCUUGCCCUCACUCUUUGCGCUCUUUUUAAGGUCCGCAUGGUGGCGUUGGCUGCCUCUCGAGAUGAGCGCUUCGAAAUUCGCUUUUAA